UUAAUAUGUACCAAAGGCAAAACUGCAAUCUCUGUCAUUUUGACAUGUUGAUAAGCCAAGCAAGUUUACUUGCAUGUUCCCUAUAUUGUAUACAACGAAGGUAUUUACACAAAUCAAAAGACCAUUUGCAACCCUGAUAACCUGAAUAAAGAAGUUCGAUGUAGAACUUAGAUAUAUGGAUAUAUGGAAGGGAUAUCAUCAACUCCUUGAGAAGACUUUGUGCAAAUCAUUCGAAAAUUAAUCUUUUAAAAUCUAUGUAAAAAUUUCUCUAAAUUUAUUUUAAAAUAAUAAAGUAAUAUUUUUGAGUUUUGCGAUUUUUAUCAUUGGGAAAUAUGAUAUUGGAAUGGAUGUACGUAGCCUUUUUUCUGACAGUUCUCUUCAACGAAGGUAAAUGUUUAUCAUCCAAUCUUGACGACCUACAAAAAGAGUACGGGGAAUGGCGUCUACAGAAAUCGCCCGGGUAUCCUACCUCCAUAGGCAUAUACAAAUACAACGACCAAGUGGAACGGUUUACAUACUCUGGAUUUAAAAAAGAAUACGAAAGAUACCAGAGCCUUCACAAUCGUUUGAAGUCGAUAACAUACAACCAACUUUCACCGAAAGAAAAGACUGAUUAUGAUAUAUUCAACGACACAUUGUCGACGCUUAUCAGAGGAUACAGAUGGAAAGACUACAAUGACCUCAAUCCGAUUAAUUUCCUGGAAGGACCACAGAUUGACCCAUCUUACCUUCCGAGCGUUACACCAUUCGACACAGUGGGCGACUAUGAAAACUACGUCAGGCGCUUAGAGCUGUUUCCAAUUCAAAUGGAAGAAAUGAUAAAGUUAUUUGAUAAGGCUGUAGAGAAAGGUCACACGUACCACAAUGUUUCUGUGGACAAAGUUCCAGAUCAAAUAGAUGAGAUGCUUAGUAACGGAAAUGAUACAAACUUUCCCUAUUACAAACCAUUUCAGGAAAAAUUGACAAAGUUGACAACUAUUGUAGAGUCUAAAAAAUCAGAUAUGAGAGGAAGAGCUAAGUCAGCUAUUCGAAAAAUCAUACAAAAAUACAAAGACUUAAAGACUUAUUUUGAAACAGUGUAUUUCAACCACGUAAGAAGUGGUUAUGGUGUAAGUAGCUGGGACAAUGGAGGUGAGUUCUACAAAGAAUGCCUUCGCUGGCACCUCUCUCUGGAUCAUACACCGGAAAAAGUCCAUCACAUGGGUUUACAGGAAGUGGAGAGAAUUUCGGCGUCAAUGAAAAAGAUUAUGAUGAAAUUAAAUCAUAAGGGAUCUGUGAAGGAGUUUUUCGACAAGAUCAAGGAGGAUAGAAGUAAUUAUCUAAAUACUGGAGAAGAAAUCAUACAGUGGUACAAGAAUGCAAUUGAACAUGACAUCAAACCAAAGUUGCCAAACUUAUUUAAAGAUCUACCCAAUCUGCCAAUAGAUGUACAGCCUAACCCAAUAGAUGGAAUCGAUGGUCAGUAUUUAGCCGGACCCCCCGAUGGUUCACGCCCUGGAGUGUUCCAAGUCAAUGUUUUUCAUCCCAAUAAAUCUGUUAAAAUUGACUUUAUGGCUCUUCUUCUUCAUGAGACUAUUCCUGGUCAUCACUUACAGAUCAGUGUUGCAUCUACUGUCAAAAUCCCUAGUUAUAGAAAACAAAUGAGUGGAUAUCUCUACACAGUUCCAUUUGAAGCCCCGUUUUACACAGCAUAUGUAGAGGGUUGGGCAUUGUAUGCAGAAUCUUUGGGUGAAGAACUGAAUCUUUACAAAACUGAUAAUGAUCUUAUGGGAAGAUAUGGAUCUGAAAUAUUUAGAGCAUGUCGUCUUGUUGUUGAUACAGGAUUGCAUUACAUGAAUUGGACAAGACAGCGUGCUAUAGACUAUAUGCUUAAUUACACAGCGUACAGUGAAAAAUCUAUCACGACGGAAGUGGACAGAUAUCUUACCUGGCCGGGUCAGGCAUGCGCAUAUAAAAUUGGCGAACUUAAAAUAAGGGAACUACGUACAAGGGCCGAAAAUGCAUUAGGGUCAACAUUUGAUAUCAGGGAUUUCCAUUCUAUUGUUUUGAAAGACGGAGCUCUUCCUCUGAACAUCCUGGAAAAAAAUGUCGACCAGUGGAUUAAUGAAGCAAAACAGAAACCUUCAAAAACAACGACUCGGUGCACAUCAGCUGGAUCUACGAAGUAUUCAAACUUAAGACUGUUGAUAAUUAUUUUCACAUUCCUCUUGUGUAAAUCUAAUUAUUGACAUAAAUAUACUUAAAUUAUAUUGGUAAUAAUAUCAGUAUAUUUAAAUUAUAUUGGUAAUAAUAUCAGUAGUAUUGUUAAAAUAGUUUUAUCAAAGUGAUAUUAUGUGUAAUUUUUAUAAAGACCGAUAAACGUUCAAAGUUUCAUUGGAAUUUGCUCUUCUAGAGCAAAGUAAAAUGUGUUAUUUUAAUUUCUAAUUGUUUAGUAAAAUAUUUUAUAACAUAAAAUUAGAUGCUAGAUAUUCAUAUCUUUCAACUGUAAUAGAAAUAAUGUUGAGGCUGAUUGAGAUAGGAAUGCUGCAUACUGUGAACUACGAAUAUUUUCAGCUUUUUCUUUGUGAUCUGUUUGUAUGAAAUUUAUUCAAUAUCCAAUAAAGAUUGCACU